UUUCAAUAUUACAUAAAAACCAUAAAAAAUAGUAAAUAGAUAGUAUGCCUCUAACACUGGAUAAUCUAUAAUAUUCCGAAAUUAUAAUCCCAAAGUCACUCUAAUGCAUAUUCGUCGCAGUCGAACACUUGCACAAUUGCUGGAUUUGUGGCCCGGAAAGAAGACGUUCGGAAUUUACCGAUUUUUGCCCUUGUUCUUCGGACUUGGCGCAGUACUUGAGUUCUCAAUGAUCCACUGGCGGGUGGGAGAAACAAAUUUUUAUAAUACCUUCAAGAAAAACCAAGCCAAAGAGAUUGUCGAGGAGCGACUACGUCUGCAUCAAUUGGAACCGAUUAGAGAGACGAGUUAAAAAUGCCAGCAGGAGUAUCAAUGAAGGAAUAUGUAAAGUUCAUGGCAGCAGCUUUUCUGGCGAUGUUUGCUGGCUCGCAGAUUGUCCACACUUACUAUAAACCAUUGAAAGAUUUGGACUACUAUGUGAAAAGAGAAAUAAAAAUUCAAAAUUUGCGGGAAGUGCAACAACCAGGUACAUAAGCAGGCAGUUAUUACGAUAAUAAAAAUGAUAUAUUAGUACUCAGCGUA